GAGGCCGUCAGUCUGGUGACUCCGGGUAGUUCCUGCCAAAAGCCAAAGAAAAGCGCACACACGCAACUCAGCAGUGCGCCUGUGCUGCAGGAUGGCUGGAGAGUAUUACGCACUCCUCAGUGAGAGGACACGUCUGGAGAGGUGCGGGGUCUGAGUUUAGAUGCAGGGGCGAAGAACAGGAACAAAAUGCGGAGUCCUGAGCUGCUGACACUGUCGCCGCUGUACAGCAACAAGAGGUGUUUGUGGGUCGAUCCUCUCUCGCUGUGAAUCAUGUCUGCAGGUAGAUCUUGUGACCGGGAAAGUUGUUCGUCGGUUGUUUUGAUCUGAGGCAAGAUGCAUCUGUUUCGGAGUCAUUAUUACCGAGUGUUCCCGGACCGAUUCUCGGUGGAAACGCCGAGCAUCCGAGGCAUCAGCUGGACGCCGCUGCCGGAAGCCCUCGGUCCAAAGGACACAAUGAAGCAGUUUCUUUCAGAUCGUGUUGUAAAGGCAGCGAGAUCAGUGUACAGCGUCAUGAUCGAGAGGAACCCCGGUCUGAUCCGAGACAGAAAAUAUCACCUGAAAACAUACAGACAGUGCUGCUCGGGUAAGGAGCUUGUCGACUGGCUGAUGAAGCAAAAUGACGGCCUGCAAUCAAGAUGCCAGGCUGUGGGAAUGUGGCAGGUCCUGGUGGAUGAAGGAAUCCUUGUACAUGUGAAAAAUGAGGUGAACUUCCAUGACAAGGACACCCAGUUCUACCGCUUCCAGGACUCUGAGUGCAUAAAAGAUGAGAAGGACUCAGAAGAGGAGCUGCAGGAGGGUCUGUCGCUGCUGUCUCAGCUCGGUCCUGACGCUCUGCUCACCAUGAUUCUGCGCAAAAAUCCCAGUCAGAGGAGCGCUGACGACCUGGAGGUUAUCUAUGAGGAGCUUCUCCAUGUCAAAGCUGCAGCUCAUCUCUCCACCUCUGUGCGUAAGGAGCUGGCGGCGGUGCUGGUCUUUGAAUCACAUGCCAAGGCCGGAACAGUCCUGUUCAGUCAGGGCGACAAAGGGACGUCUUGGUACAUCAUCUGGAAAGGAUCUGUAAAUGUGAUCACACACGGGAAGGGUCUGGUGACCACGCUACAUGAAGGCGAGGAGUUUGGGCAGCUCGCCUUGCUGAACGAUGCACCUCGCUCUGCAACGAUCAUCCUGAGAGAAGACAACUGCCACUUCCUGCGCGUCGAUAAACAGGACUUCAUACGCAUCCUCAAGGAUGUGGAGGCAAAUACAGUGCGACUAGAAGAGCAUGGGAAAACCGUGCUGGUGUUGGAGAUGAACACGGUCCGGGCCGAGCAGGGAGGAGCCGGAAACAACUGCAAGUACACAGUUAUGUCAGGAACACCUGAGAAAAUCCUGGAACACCUGCUGGAAACAAUGAAGCUGGACUCCAAUGGAAAUGACGCUAUAGAUCCCUGUGUGAGCGACUUUCUGCUCACCCACAAAAUCUUCAUGCCCUCCAGUCAGCUGUGCCCCGCACUCCAACACCACUACCGCGCAGAGCUCUGUGAGGGUUCAGAUCUGGAGAAAUCCUCCUACAUCCUCAACACCAAGCAGAAGGUAGUGAGUCUGAUAUGCCAGCUGGUGUCGCUGUAUGGCCUUCUGCUGAAAGAAGACCCUUUUGCUUCGGAUUUCCUGGAGAGGUUGAAGAAUGAGGUAGCAGCUGAUUUCCGUCUGUCCAACAUGCUGAAAGAACAAUUUAGGGACAAGAGGAGAACAAAAGUAUUAGAGAAUGGAUAUCAGUCCCUAACCAAGAUCCAGAAAUUUGAUUGGUUUUCACACUGUGAGGAGCCAGCGGGGAGGUUUCAACCAAUCAGAGGGCAAGACAAAGUUCUGUAUGAGCUCUUCAGACCAGACAAAAAACCUCUCACCCUGAUGCUCCCAGUCAACUCGUCUGUGCAGGAGGUGAUGUCAGCGGUAGUCAAACCUGGAGGGGAUCACAUUCUGGUCAAAAUGAACUCAACAGGAGAGAGAGCUCAGUUAAAGCUGGAUGCGUCAGCGGUCUACACCGCUCUGGGACUCAACGAGAGACUCUUCAUCUGCACAAGCAGCCAAGUGGAACAUCUGAUUCCCCUGGAGGAGCAGCAGGGACCAGAGCAGGGGUCAGCCGACAUCCUGGAACAGAUGGGCUCUAAAGACAUCGCCAAUGAGCUCACCAAUCAUGACUGGGAACUUUUUAAUGCUGUGCACGAGGUGGAGCUGAUCUAUUACGUAUUCGGACGCCACAAAUUCCCCGGUGCCAUCACAGCUAACCUGGAGCGGUUUGUGCGUCGCUUCAACGAGGUGCAGUACUGGGUCGUGACCGAGCUGUGCCUCUGUGAAGACCUGGUGAAACGAGCUGUUCUGCUCAAGAAGUUCAUAAAGAUGGCAGCAGUAUUAAAGGAGCAGAAGAAUCUGAACUCAUUCUUCGCUGUGAUGUUCGCUUUGAGCAACAGUGCAGUGCAGAGGCUCUACAAGACCUGGGAGAGAAUACCCAGCAAGACCAAAAGGAUUUACUGUGCGUAUGAGAGGCUGAUGGACCCCUCACGGAACCACAGGGCCUACAGACUGGCUGUGGCUAAACUCAGUCCUCCCUACAUCCCCUUCAUGCCUCUGCUGCUCAAAGAUAUGACAUUCAUCAAUGAGGGAAAUCCAAACUAUGUAGAAAAACUGGUCAACUUUGAGAAAAUGCGCAUGAUUGCCAAGACAGUGAAUAGUGUACGAGGAUGCAGAAGCCAGCCUUAUGUGGCGUCAUCUCCACAGAGGGGCCUGGCAGAUCGGAUGUUUCUGGAAGUGCCUGCAACUCGAUUAUCUACAUACUCGGACAUCACCCUCCCUCUGCGUAGUCCGAGCAACAUCAGACUCUACAUCUCCAACCUGAAGGUGAUCGACAGCCAGCGCAAGCUAACGCAGCUGUCGAGAACAUUAGAAUGAAAGGAACGUCUCACCUGCUGAUGUGCAGAGGCUGUAAAACUGUAGCACAAACCUGAACCACAGAACUGAUUGCAGUGGGAUGAACAAAAGCUUCUACGCUGGAUGGACCUCGGCUUGGACACAGACCGAUGAACUUUCAGCAGGAAACAGUUUCGAGAGUGAAAAUGUGCGGUGUACACAGUAAUGACCUCUGAGGGUGAACCAGAGAAUCCAGUGUUUUUUAUUCAUGGGAUACUUAAUCCAGUGAGGGUCAUUUUUAAAACCUGUACAGUGUCAAUAUUGUGUCAAAACUUUUAUACAGCUAUCUGAAAAAGAAGGACUCUGGUGGUUCUGCAUAAAAGGGCCACAGGAACACAUAUCAGAUAUAUUUCACAAACCAUCACAAACCACUUAAGGUCAUUUUUUUGUGCACUAGUGUUUACACAUUAAAACUAAUAUAUUGUAUGAGACCUUUAAUUGGCAACAAUGCCAUGAACUGACAUGCAUAUAUUUCAUACGAUGUUGUUUUAUAAAUAAAUUAUUUUCUCAGUUAUGUGUAUUUUAACCCUUUCAUGCAUGACGCAUUAAAGACAGCAAUAUUUGUUUUUCACUU